AUUGUGUCUUUCCCACUGUAAUGUUCAUUACAUUUUCUACAGGUGAUUUUGAAAAUUGUUGCCUGUCCUAUGCCAAGGUAACACAGUAUUCAGGGCUUUAUAAGCAUAUCAGAUACUAUCAACUACAAGAAAUCAGUGAAAGCUGUAACAUGAGAGCUGUGAUAUUUUAUUUAAAAAAGAGAAUUAUCUGUGCUAAUCCAAUGGAACAAUGGGUAGGACUAGCAAUAAAACAAUUUCACAAAAUGAAAUACCCAAAACAUCAGCAGAUGAAGGCAAUGUAUUCUGGAUAAUAUGCAGAGUAUUUUCUGCAAAAGGAAAAGUGAUGAAACAUGACAUUGAAAAUGAGUUUCCGUUUGGCAAGAAUGUAUCAUGUUAACAUUAUUUAGCUUAAUCUAAAAAAUAAUAUUACCAGAGCAUAAUGGAAAAUAAUCAUGUUCUAACUACAUACAUUAUAAUGGCUUUAUAUUGUUUUUGGGAUGUUACUAUAAUGUCCCUAAAUUAGCGCCCAUGACCUCUCUGUUCUGCUGGCUAAUUUUCAUCUUUUAUGUGGCUUAGUGCCUGACUGCAGAAUAAGUAUAAACAAAAAAGCUAAUACAGCAUUGUUUACAUUUCAUGCCCCCCAAUAUUUAAAUUUGAAAAAGAGGAAUCACAUGUUUCUGUCAGAAAUUCCACCCACUUCCCAAAGGCCCACCAGUUUUGAAGUGAUUCAGGUCAAUGGAAAACAGGACACGUUAAAUGUAACGAUGAAGGGUUCACCCAAACCUGAAAUGUCAAGAAAAUUGUUCUGCUGCCCUUACAGUAAAUAAAACCUUCCUGGUGAUGUCAAAAGCUCUGUAAGUAAGCAAAAUUACUGUAUGAUGUAUUGUUAUUUUGAGAUGGCUCUGUGAUUAAAUAAAGUAAUGUGUUUUUAUAUAUUA